AUGAUUUGGAAGGCUUUGCAUAAUAUCUUGCCCACUAAACUGAACCUCUAUAAGAAAAAAGUUAUUAAUGAUCCAAGGUGUCCAAUCUGCUUGCAAGGAGAAGAAUCUGUAGUCCAUGUCUUGUGGACCUGUCCUGCUUCUUCAGAUGUAUGGGCAGAGAAGGGGAGCUCUUUUCAAAAAUGGAACUCGAAAGGGGAGGAUUUUGUGGAGCUAUGGUUGAAAAUGGUUGAGGGUCUACCUCAAUCUGAGCUGGAAAGAGGAGUGGCUAUUAUGCAUUCGAUCUGGAUCAGAAGAAACAAAUGGGUGUUUGAUAACUGCUUUUCUAGCCCUUUUAGUGUCAUGAGAAAGGCUCAAGUCUGCUUAGAUGAAUUCCAAGAGGCACAAAGAGAGAGUAUAUCAGAUGGGAGGAAGAUGGGAAAAUCUCAGCAGAGAAGACCUUGGCAAAAACCUGAAGAAUUGAGUGUCAAAGUGAAUUUUGAUGCGGCUCUUGACCUAAACAAAAAACUUAUGGGAGCAGGGGUGGUAAUAAGGGACUGGAGAGGGGAUGUCCUGGUAUCCUUAUGUGCUCAAUUCAAGCAUGUUUCUUCUCCUUUCAUUGCAGAAUGCAAAGCAUUGGGUAGGGCGGUAGAGCUGUGUAAAGAGUUGGGUUUCUAUAAUGUUUGGUUUGAAGGGGACGCAAAGAGGGUGGUGGAUGGGGUGAACAAGGAAGAGGAGGAUGAAUCAUGGGAGGGUCAAGCGGUGGGGGAUCUACAGAAGGAACUCAGAGGUUGCAGAGGUUGGAAACUGACUUUUACUCAUAGAGAAUGUAAUGAAGUGGCACAUUGCCUUGCUAAAAUAGGACUGUCUAUAGAGAUGGAAAGGGUGUGGAUGGAAUGUGUCCCACCUGAGAUUGUUCCGAAAGUUGUAAAUGAUAAACAUUGUAACCAGUUGAAUACUUAA